UUUAUACAUUUUUACGAUUGAUUUUCUCUGCAGAUACAAAUCUUUUUCUUCUUUCUUUCAACACUUCUGCUCUUCCUUUUAACUUUCAUUUCUCUCUCUUCCUCACAACUACAAACGCUGCGUCGACUUCCUGACACACAAGCACGGUAUUGCUUUUUUAGACUUUGAACACGCCCACACAUUCACACAUAUUUAUAAAACCGGCUGCGUUACUAACACUUGCUUUCAGUUUUAGCAACACCAGUGUUCACAGACCACGACAAAGAUGGAGUUUGCCUGCAGUCAUGUUGUAUGUAACUGGAGUCCUGGUGAGACAGGUAUUUCUCUUAUUGAGCCCAAGUAUGACAACAUUGUGAUUGCUAAACAGCAUGAAGAUCCACUUCCUCCACCGCUACCUCCCCGUCGUUUUAGAAAACCUCGUCCUACAUCUCUGCCUCUGCCCCCUCUUUCCUCCUACCAGCCUCCACUCGGUCCUCCAUCCCUCCCGCCACCUGUCCCGCCCAGAUUUGACAAGCUGGAGGGACAAACCAGGCUGAACGCCAACGUCAAUGUCGUCUCCCUCAGCAUUGGAAAACUGGUCAACAUCAGCCAAGCCUCAAUCCUGGAGUGUUUUCAGAGCCCAGUGAUUUGUGGGAAAUGUAGUGCUGCCUUGUCAUGUCUGAGUUCUACAGAGAGGAAUGUUUGGGUGUGUGAGUUCUGCGGAUAUGAAAACAGCAUAAACGACAGCGUGAACAGAGUGUGUGUUGGUCAGCGUACAGGUGUUCACAGUGACGACCUUUACCUGCCGAAUCAGAGUGAUGAUGACUACCAAAACCUGGAGGACACACUGGUGGUGUUCUGUGUGGACAUUUCUGGCAGCAUGAGUGUCACUACAGAGGUUCCUUCAACCAGUGGAUCUCCAGCAUACAUAUCCAGACUAGAGGGUAUGCAGGAUGCCCUGCAGAAGGCGCUAAAAUCCCUGCUGCAGCAGUCCCCCCACAGGAGAGUGGCACUGGUCACGUUCAACGAUGAGGUUGUAAUAUACGGUGAUGGUACUAGUACUCCACUCACUCUCAGGGAUUGGGCGUUGGUCGACUACGACCAUAUAUGGCAACAGGGUGUGGCCUAUAGCAUCCCUCACUGCAUCGCUGAGACCUACAACCAAAUAAUACACAGUGUCAAAGAGCUCAGGGAACAUGGGGCUACUUGUCUUGGUCCUGCAGCGUUAGCCUCAGUUGCCAUGGCAUCCAGGUACCCCGGGUCAAAGGUGAUUUUGUGUACUGACGGCCGCGCCAACAUCGGACUUGGUGAGAUUGAGCUAACUCCCUCUCUGUCCUCCUCUCCACUUACUCAAUAUUUCUACAAACAGCUGGCUCAACAGGCUGUUAGGAGUGGAGUCAUAAUAUCAGUAAUGACUUUUGAAGGGACAGAUUGUUGCUUGGCUGACGUUGGGAGACUUGCUGAUGCUACUGGAGGAAGGGUGAACAUGGUGGACAUCGGUACUGUUGCAAAAGAGAUCCAGUUAGCCUCCAUCGACAACGUCCUUGCAACAGGAGUCACUGCAACCCUGUUAGCUUCUGAUGGAGUGUAUUUUCCAUAUGAGGAUGAAAACAAUCACAAACUGGUGAGAGAGAUAGGGAAUGUGACCAAGGGGCUGGAGAUCACCGUCCAGUUUGCUGUAAAGCCAGAGUUUAUGGACGUGUGUCUCCAGAAGGAAACACUCCCAUUUCAGCUCCAGCUGAGGUUCAAGACCAGAGACCAACAAAACGUCACUCGCAUCAUUACCGAACAACGACCAGUUACUAUCAGCAGCCGGAUUUGGGCUGGUAGCCUCAACAUGGCGGUGCUUGGUGUUCACUGUGCUCAGCUCUGUGCCAGUUUAACCAUGGAGGGUCGAGUGCAGGAAGCACAGAGGCAACUAAAAGCACAGCAAGACCUGCUCAACCAAAUCAGUAAGCAGAGGCCAAUCCAAAAGGAAGAGAGCAUUUAUGGCAACUGGAUGGACACCAUGACGACAAUCUGUGACGACAUCACCACAGAAUCCCAGACCCUGUCUGAUGAGGCAGCUAAGAUAAUGUACCAGAUGAAGAGAGCCAGCAGCGUCAGCAACAACAACAGCAACACAACUGAGAUCCCAAAGAAGACACAGAGGAAGAAGAAGAAGGCACUCAUGGAAGCAAUAUAAAGAAAUCAGUCAUCCGCAAAUACGGAGACAUUAUUUCAUAUUUGGCCAUAUUGGCUCACUUAAACUUGUUAAGCAGGACUAGAGGGAUGUUCAUUGCACAGCUGACUGUGAAGGAAUAAUUUAACAAAUGACGUGAAAAGCACAGAGCACUGUUUACUCAAACAAGAAAAUUAAACAUGAUUAAAUAACCAACAAGGUGCAAGCUUGAAAAAGAUGAGGUUAACACAUGACUUGUGGGUCUGACUGAAAAAGAGCUCGGAGGACUUAUUCAUCUUUCAUCUGUCAGUUCAUAUGCCACGUCUGUUUUAGCUUGUCAUCAUAACGUGUCAAUAUUCACAAUUUACAUUAGGAAAAUGUGUUGAAAUUGGGCCUUUUAUCACAAACCAGACUCACGGAAGGCUACAGGUGAAAGAGGGAACAUGGAAGCCUCAGUAUUAACACAUCAUUUAGUUUCAUACUUAAUCCAUCACACUUGUAACAACGCAGGUUUCUGGUCAACAGUCAACUUUUUCUCAGCCUUGAAACGUCGGUGAUGGCGCACUGGAUAAGACACAUGCCUUUGGUGUGACAGAGCCAGGUUCGAAUCCACUGUGACACAUCAAUGUGUCCCUGAGCAAGACACUUAACCCCUAAUUGCUCCAGAGUAAGUUGCUUUGGAUAAAAGCGUCAGCUAAAUAAAUGAAAUGAGGCCCGGAGUGAAAGCAUCAAGUUCAGGACAGGAUGUUAUUGGCAGCUGCAGAACUUCCCAGAACAAUGAGGGACACAUACAAACAUUAUAUCAGGGCAGAUUGUCAUGAGAAAUGUAGACAAACAAAUCUGUAUUGUAUUUAUUUGGAUUUCUGUUUUAUAGGAAAUAUAAAUCAUAAAAGGGAACAGAUUUGUUUCAUGUCAAAUAAAAUGAUCUGAUCAGUCUUUUUAGAAUUCUUCCUGCCUUUGUAUUUUAUAUAAUGUUUAUAAACAAGUUAUUCUACCUCAAUUUUUGAGCACUUUGGAAAAUGACAUUUGUGGCAAUAAGCAUAUUUUUAAAGGUCUAAGACUUGUACAACAUAUUGAGCAUCUAUAAAAGGAGGAUGUUCCAUUUUGCUCAAAUUAAGCAGGCACUGUUGGGCAAAACGAAAUGGCCCCUGACAUGGUGUUGUAAAUGGGAAGUUCUUUGUGAAGUCUGAAUGUUGUAACGGUAAAAUGUUUAGACAGUAAAAUACAUAUUGAUCUGUAUCUUGACAUAUUGCCUAACUCAAAAGUGCAGAUUUGACACAGAUUAAAAAAACAUAUAAGAAGCUUG